GGCGGGGAGCGGGAGGUGUGUUCGCUCCCUGUGAAGGUGUCGGUGGGGACUGUCCGUCACCGGGAUGGGCUGCUCCGGGUACCUGAGUGCAGCAGCGACCGCCUCCAGGGCUGGUCUCUCCUCACGCCUCCCCGUUGCUCUCCCGUCCCGGCGGGAGGAAGGGCUGAGGGCGCUGGUGUAGCGCGGCCUCUGCCCCAGGGUGGGCCAGGACUUGUCUCUGGUUGGUACAUCCCUGAAGGGUAACCCCCGAGCGUCACAGUUCCCUCCUGUGGCAGCAUGCGAGGCCAGGUUUGUCUGCUCAUUAAGGUGCAGCUCACUGCGUUUCCUCCAGAGCUUCACCAGCGCUUUUCCUGCUCUCCUCUUCCCUGCCAGCUGCACAUUCCCACCCCAACAGCACAGCUGUUUUCAUGGGACUGCAGGUUGAAUGGGGCCAACGAGCUCUUCUGGGUUAAAAAUAGCCCUGCAAAAAAUUCAUUUUUAUGUGGGGCAGUUCACUGAGUGAAUUAGCACAGGGGCCUGCAAAAAGGCAGGAGAUUAAGUUCUGCUGGUUCCACAGAGGAAUAUGUGUGCACACGCACAAAUGAGGAGUGAUGUCUAUAAGAAUAAAGCACUUUUAGAUUGUUCUCCAACUUCUCUUAAAUUCCAGAGUAAUGUCUAUAGAGCCUGGAUAAAUGUAUUUCAAAUUCUGUUCCAGCUCUGAGCUUUUCCCAGAAAGGAAUGUGCUUUUCCAACUGUGUGGUCUCCAUGUGGUAGCAGUUGCAUAAACACAAUGUUAGAGCACGGCUGUCCUUAGCCGUGCGGGUGCUGUGUCCUGCCUGGCUGAACGAGCGUCCCCGCUUUCCUGUGGAGCACUUUGGAGCCCUGUAACCGCCUCGUGUCUGGGACUUUGGCGUUGUGUCAGGUAACCAGGGGCGUGUUUACCUCCGCAAUAUCACUGUGAGAAAAUAUUCUGUCUUACAGGUGGGAGCCUGUGGUUAAGAAAACAUCAGGUGCUUGAUUUCAGCUUAUUUGAUGGUUUCACAAAGUAACAUCCUUCUGGUGAUCCUGUCCUCUCUGCACAUGGACUAUAGGAAGCCGCCCCCGCUAUAACGACCCUGGACCUUCCAACCCGCCGCCUCCCGCUGGUCCCGCAUUUCCCCGCACACCGGGUGUCGUUCCCCUGCACCGCGGCCGGGCCUGGGCAAGAUGGCGGCACUGCUCUCCCGCCCCGCGUAGCCCUGGCGGACCGGCGGCGCCGCGCUCUCCCCGCCUCUCUAUGGCUGGCGCCCAGCCUGCUCUAGCUCCGGGCGGCGCUCUACCCGCCCUGACACCUCAGUGGUGCCUCUGGGAGGCGGCGCUCUGUGCCGCGGCAGUGCCGUCUCGCUGGGUGGGCCUGGCGGAGCCAUGGCGGCCGUGCGGGGCCUGCGGAUCUCGGUCAAGGCGGAGGCGGCGGCAGCGACGGAGCCCCGUGGUCCGGAGCCUGAGCCUAUGGAAGUGGAAGAGGGCGAGCUGGAGACCAUCCCUGUGAGGCGGUCGCUCCGGGAGCUCAUUCCGGACACUAGUAGGAGAUAUGAAAACAAAGCUGGAAGUUUCAUUACUGGAAUAGAUGUAAAUUCCAAGGAAGCAAUUGAGAAGAAGGAACAAAGAGCAAAGCGCUUUCAUUUUCGAGCUGAAGUGAAUCUCGCCCAAAGGAAUGUGGCGCUGGAUCGGGACAUGAUGAAGAAAGCAAUUCCUAAAGUGAGAUUGGACACAAUUUACAUUUGUGGAGUGGAUGAGAUGAGUACACAGGACAUCUUUGCCUAUUUCAAGGAGUAUCCUCCUGCUCAUAUUGAGUGGUUGGAUGAUACAUCAUGUAAUGUGGUCUGGCUUGAUGAAGUAACAGCAACACGGGCUCUAAUAAAUAUGAGUUCCUUACCUGAUCAGGAGAAAACAAAAAGCAGAGAAAACAAUGAAGAGAAGACAGCUGAAAAAAACAAGAAAGAAAAACAGGAGGAAAGUUCUGAUGACGAGACAGAAGAAGGCGAGGUUGAGGAUGACAAUCCAAGUGACGUUGAGUUGGAUGCCCUCUCCCAGGUAGAAGAGGAUUCUCUCCUGCGUAAUGAUCUUCGCCCUGCCAAUAAACUGGCUAAAGGAAACAAGCUAUUCAUGAGAUUUGCUACUAAAGAUGACAAAAAAGAGCUGGGAGCCGCAAGGCGAAGUCAGUAUUACAUGAAAUACGGCAAUCCAAAUUAUGGAGGCAUGAAGGGGAUUCUUAGCAAUUCUUGGAAGAGAAGAUACCAUUCACGUCGGAUCCAUCGGGAUGUGAUAAAGAAAAGGACGCUUAUUGGGGAUGAUGUUGGCUUGACUCCUCCUUACAAACAUCGUCAUUCAGGCUUAGUAAAUGUUCCUGAGGAACCCAUUGAGGAGGAAGAAGAGGAGGAAGAAGAUCAGGAUAUGGAUGAAGAUGACAGAGUUGUGGUUGAGUACCGUGAUGAACUGCAAGCUUUCAAACAGUCCCGAGAGCGCAGUGCAGCCAGACGAUCGAGUGCUAGUGCGUCCGAUUCGGAUGAAAUGGACUAUGACCUUGAGCUGAAAAUGAUAUCAACGCCCUCUCCCAAAAAGAGCAUGAAAAUGACGAUGUAUGCAGAUGAGGUGGAAUCACAACUGAAAAAUAUUAGGAAUUCCAUGCGAGCAGAUAGCAUAGCAACCAGUAACAUCAAGAAUCGGAUUGGCAGUAAAGGAUCAUUGGAGAAAGUUGCAGAUGUAAGGCUACUGUUAGAAGAAAAGCGUCAGAAUAAUAUUGGGCCACGUCAGCCAAACAGCACUGUAAAAUCAGAUGUGCGGCAGAGACUGGGAAAAAGACCACAUUCUCCAGAAAUUAAACCUCCCAGUAGUACUUCUGCUCCUCGUCGAGAACCAAUAUCAGAUGUACACAGCCGGCUGGGAAUCCCCAAACAAGAUGUCAAAGGCCUCUACUCUGACACCAGAGAGAAGAAAUCGGGUAAUUUAUGGACCCGAUUAGGCUCUGCUCCGAAGACACAAGAAAAGACUUCGGAUAAACCUGAAAACUCUGUGGCAUCUCCAGAGGAAGAUGAUUCAGAGCUCCAGCGGGUUUGGGGUGCUCUCAUUAAGGAAAAAGAACAGUCUCGGCAAAAGAAGAGUCGAUUGGAUAAUUUGCCAUCUCUACAAAUUGAAAUCAGCCGAGAAAGCAGUUCUGGAUCAGACACGGAAUCAUGAUUGUUUUCACAUUCUGAUCCUCAAGGUUGUGACUCUGCAGCAUGGCGCGAUUUCCUUUGCCCAAACGCUGGACACUGGCAAAGACUCUGCAGUGAAGGUUCCAGAAGCAUCUCUUUUCUUUUUAUACAAAACCAGAGAUGCGUGUGCCACUUGAAACCUAAAGCAAUCACGUUUGUCUAGAGUCUGUGGUUGGCCCUGUGUUACGUAGGGCAUUGUCAUCCGUGUUUAUUACAGCAAACCUGUCGUUAAUUCUAGCAGAACGAUUUUCCCCAGGCUUUGAACUUAAGGGGCAGAAAUGCUCUACAUUUUUAAGAUGACCUUUUUGUUCUUAAUAUUUUUAACAUGGAGCCUUUUAAGAAAAUCUCUUACACCGUUCAUCCAAAGAACAGGGCAUUUCAUAAUCAGUAUCGCUGUCUUGCCCUUCUGGCUCUUACCUGCACCUCUCCUUUCCUCUUGAAGUAAUAACAAUAAUGCUUCCUGGGUAGGCAGCCAGCAAGGAGAAAGCAGAAAGGGACUGGGAUGUUCCCUUCCUCCAAAAUACUGAAUGUGAAUUUAAGUUACACAUUUAGUACGGUGAAAUUUCAUAUAGUAUCCAAGUGGCAUCACUGCUCUCAAGGAAUUCUGCUCAGCAAUUUCGGUGAUGCUACGUUCUGCUGUAGUAGGGAUUGAGUUGUUCAAGACUGCAAAGCUGGAUGUUUGAGAAUUGUGUGAACUCCCACAGAGUUUAAAUUUGCGUUACAUCAUGACAAAUUGUAUUUCUUUCAUUUCGUCUGUAUUACGUUUUGAAGAAGUCUAACCAUUUAAAAACAUUUUUAUAUUUGUGAGAAUUUUUCCUGUUGGCCAUGGUGAAAGCUAUAGUGGUGUUUUCCUAUGUGCUGUUUAACUAUGUAUAUAUAUAUAACAAAGAGAAGGAAAACUAUAGGAUCACUGUCUCAUGUCAAUAUUUUUGAAUGUUCUUAUUGUAUAGUACAAGUGGAUGUGCACAUGGUUGACUUCUUACAUUCAGCUUUUUUUACCCAUGUGCCCUCUCUAGGUAGGAAAAAAGUUUGAUCAGUGUGCAACUGCGUUUGUUGUCUUGUUGCCUAUGGCAUUUAUUUUGAUUGCCAAUAAUUCUAAAUAAGGAAUAAUGCUGGGGCAUCACAUUCUGAUAGAACAGGUAGCAAAACCAUCGCCUGCCACUUUUUGAUAGUCUGAAAAUUUGUUUGCAUUUUCCCUAUUUCCUAGAUUCUGUCAGUCCAAAAUAUCUAUGAAGAUCCCUUUUCCCCUUUCUGAUUUCUAACAAACAAGUGUUUUCUCUUUUUUCCCCUGUUUUUGUACUAAGUUGAAGUAGGUUUGAGGCUUCACAGAAGCAAGGAAUCUGCGGUUAACUUUUCUUAGUGCUUUAUUAUGUAUAAGAAUCGCAGUGUGAAAAAGGUAAAAUGAAAGGUACAGUGACUAGAAGGGUAAUCUGGGGACUGGCUGGGCUUCAAGCCUUAUUAUUUUCUUCUUUUGUGACACUCAUCCUUGAUUUUAUAUUUAAUUAUUGAAUAUAUAAAUAUGUCUCAUAAAAAUACUGUUGAGAGUAAAUGCAAUGUCUGAUCACUGUAAUAAUUCACUUUAACGUGUGCUUUCAUUAAUAUCCCUUCCAAAGUUUUCACGCAGAAUCACACCGGUACCGUACCCAUUUCUCAAGAUCCUGAUAAAAUUUAUUUAGCCAGUGUCUUUUUUUGCCAGUAAACCUUUGUGUUGUGUUUUGAAUCCAUGAUGACCUUUGGUUUUUCUGAAAGGAGGCGGUAGAUACGACUCACGAGGACAAGACUUCUGCAUCCUGGUGAGCCCUUGUGUGUUUUUAAGCUCAGCAGACUGGUCGUGCUCUGCUCUUGGCGUUGCUGAUAACUGCUGUGUUUCCAUGUAAAUAUUCGGAAUUUGAGCCUGGUGAAGGACAGACUUGCUGGGAUGAAGGGCAGAAUGGGAGCAGAGAAUCUCAUCAACCGAUACAAAUGAUCUGAACUAGUGGAUGUGUGAAAUCGAGAGAAGUGCAUGUAUGGAAUCAAGAUGUAGGCAAAGGCUCUGUUCGAUGAAGAGCUGUUAACACCAGUUCUGUGUUCCAGGUAGUCAAAAAUACGCCUAACAAAUGCCCCCACGUUAGUCAGGUCGGUUUUGUUUAUGGUUUGUGGGGAGGCUUAUGUGUGUUAAUGAUGCCCUGGUAGCAUAGGUGUAAGAAAAAUAGAGAUUUACUCUUAAAGGACCUAUAAAGAGUUUUGGUUGGUGUGUUUGUUUGUUUUCUAAUUUGACUGUUUGCCUGGCUUUUAUUUAAACAGCUGUUCUGUCCCAAAUAGAGCUGGGCUGAAAUCAAUUGGCCUGCCCACCUUUACUGAACGUCAGUAACAAAGGACAGUGCUGCGCUGGUUCUUGGCUCUUUAGCGGUGCUUGCACCUUUCUGGGGACAAGAUGAGGGUCCCUGUUUCGAGGUGUCGCUUGUCGCCGCCCGGUCGCGACAGGGCGCAGCCUCGAACCGCGGUCCCGCGAGGCUGAGACAAGCCCGAGGGCUCCGCUCCCGCUGCGGGAAAUGGAUGCGCUGGCGCACCCCCGUCUUGCUGGAGCAGUGGUACGGCCCGCUCCCCCGCGGCAGGGUUGGUACGUCCCACGCCUUUAUAAUCGGCCGCCGGGAGACCCUGGGCCUUUUCGUCCUUCGUGCUGGGGAGCGGGCAAGUUGUGGGCCGCCAUGUCCCCACGGCCGCCGGGAACCCGCGAGCGGGGCCGGAGCGGCUCCCUGCAGAAAGAUGUCUUGAAGUGAAGAGUAAGAGCCUGGUCUUUAAUAAACGUCACAUAAUUAGGACUGGGAGCAGGUCGCUCUUUGGAAUGGCCCUAACGUGAAGGUGGAGCUUACAGGUCCUGGCUGCCAUGUGCAAAUUGUUACCAAUGUUUGCCCAUUAACGUUCAGCUCUUGACAAGUCCUGUGGAAGGUGGUGAGACAGCAAGAGCAGAUUUCUUCUGGGUGUUCAUGCUGAAAACAUCUUGUGUGAGGAGGAAUCCAAUAAAACGUGCAUUAGCUUGGGGACGAGUGGUUGUAAAGACUACGUGUCUGCGAUAUGUUAAGAAACUGUAACAGUUACACAGUUCUGAUCACACAUAUAUUAAAAUUAUCUCAAACCAAA